UAUCGUUAUUUUACCACCUCUAUCAACCGGCAAAGUUUGCGUGCUAAUUCAUUUGAUUUAAUUAUUUCAUUUACUCGCCGCACCUGACAGUAAUGCCCAUUACGUAAUGGAGGCAAUUACCUUUGGAGUUCUGACCAUCAGUGACACCUGUUACCAGGAGCCGGCAAAGGAUAAAAGUGGUCCAAAACUGGUAAGGCUCAUCGGCGACUCCUUCCAGAAUGCCGAUGUGAUAGCCAGUGUUGUGCCCGACGAGCAGCAGCUCAUCCAGAGGGAGUUGCACAAAUGGAUUGCUCGGGACGAUCUGCGUGUGAUCCUAACCACUGGAGGGACUGGUUUUGCCCCUCGGGAUGUGACCCCGGAGGCCACGAAGCCGCUGCUGGACAAGGAGUGCCCCCAACUGGCCCUGGUUAUUGCUAUGGCAUCGCUGCAAAAGACCAAGUUUGCGGCUCUUUCCCGUGGAGUCUGUGGCAUUGCUGGAAACACACUGAUCCUGAACUUUCCGGGCAGUGAAAAGGCCGUAACCGAGUGCUUUGAGGCUGUCAGUGAGCUGCUACCACACGCUGUCCAUCUCAUCGGCGAUGAGGUGGCUCUGGUGCGCAAAAUCCAUGCGGAAGUCCAGGGAACGCAAUCCCAAUCCCCAUCUAACGUCAUCACGCGAACUGCCCAUGUGUGUCCCCACAAAACUGGAGCUGGCAGCGAUUCCGAUCGCAAUUCACCAUUUCCCAUGCUGCCUGUCCCAGAGGUGCUCUCCAUCAUCUUCGACACGGUGAAGAGGACCAGCGAUCUGGAGAAGCUACUGUGGCAGCAGACAUCGCCGGUUAACAUACCGCCCUUCAGGGCUUCCAUUAAGGAUGGCUAUGCCAUGAAGUCAACUGGUUUCUCCGGCAGCAAGCGCGUCGUGGGCUACAUAGCUGCUGGAUCUGCACCCAAUGCUGAUCCUCUGGCGGAGGAUGAAUGUUUCAAGAUAAAUACGGGAGCACCGCUCCCUCUGGAGGCUGAUUGUGUUGUCCAAGUGGAGGACACCAAGUUGCUGCAGCGAGACAAGCAUGGGCAGGAGAGCCUAGUGGACAUCCUGGUAGAGCCACAGGCUGGAUUGGACGUGCGAGCUGUGGGUCAUGAUCUAAGCACCAAGGAUCGCAUCUUCCCAUUUCCCGAUGCCUCGCCUGUGGUGGUUAAAUCCCUGCUGGCCUCUGUGGGCAAACGGUCGACUGUGCGACGUCCCAAGGUGGCCAUAGUGUCCACGGGCAGCGAGUUGCUCGCUCCGCACGAUGAGCCUGUGGCGGGCAAGAUCUACGACUCGAAUACCACCAUGUUGGAGGAGCUGCUGCUAUACUUUGGCUUUGAUUGCAUCAAAACCACCGUGCUGAGUGAUAGCUUUGAUGAGACCAAGCAAGCGCUGGCUAAUCUCUUUGAGACCGUGGACUUUGUUAUCUGCAGCGGAGGCGUUUCCAUGGGCGACAAGGAUUUUGUGAAGCCCGUGCUGGAGCAUCUUCAGUUUAAGCUGCACUGUGGCAGGGUGAACAUGAAGCCAGGCAAACCGAUGACCUUUGCUAGCCGGGAUCAGAAGUUUUUCUUCGGACUGCCCGGGAAUCCCGUCUCUGCCUUUGUCACUUUCCACCUGUUCGCCCUGCCUGCCAUCCGUUGGGCAGCUGGCUGGGAUCGUAGCAAGUGCUCUCUGCCCGUAAUCCAAGUCAAGUUGCUUAACGAGCUGCCCUUGGAUGGUCGUCCGGAGUACGUGCGCGCCUCGGUGAUUUCCAAGGCGGGAGAACUUCAAGCCAGAAUAGUUGGAGAUCAAAUCAGCAGCCGGCUGCAGAGCAUUGUGGGUGCGGAUGUGCUCAUCCAUCUACCGGGACGCACCUCAGAGCGAACAUCAGCCAAAGCAGGCCAGGUUUUUUCGGCCUCCGUGCUUCGCUACGACUUUAUCUCCAAGUACGAGUGAGAUCAUGACAAUACGAUGCUAAAAACUUGGUGCUGGGACCCCUCGAAUGUUAGAAAAGACAAGACAUGCCUUCCUAGAUUAGCACAAACAAUUUAUUGUUUCAUCAUAUGUCGCAACCAUGAAGUCUAGAGUGUUCAAAACACUUCAAUGCUUAUCAGUGGGAAACAUAUGUAUGUGCAUAUAGAUUUUUUUAUUUAUCUAUAAGUACA